AUGGAUAUUCUUGCUAUAGAUAUUAUUACUAAACUGUGCACUGAUUUCUAUACAGACUCGGAAAUAGAGUACGUUAAGGUGUUAUUGUUUGAUCUGUGUGGUGAUCAUAGCUCAAAACGUCUGAUUCGCCGACAAGGGCAUAAAAAAUCUAUGAAUAAUGUACAAGAUAUUUUGGUUCUGUUGCAAGUGAUCGACCAGGAUUAUAUUCCGUGUUUUGUGGUUAAAGACCUGUCAAGGCUACCACCUGUAGAUUAUAAUCAUGUUGACCUAUCAUUACUAUUGAAAGACAACACUCAAUUUAAACAGAACAUUGAAGCAUUGAAAGAAGGUUUGAAUUCCAUGUCUAAAUUGCAUGGGAAUAUAUUUGACGAACUUCGUUCAAUCAAAGAAAAACUAUUGGUUAAAGCUGACACUACUAUGUUAAUUAAUGCAUGUGACAACACAGAAUUACCUGUCGCGAAUUCUCAAAUUAAUGAGGUAUGUAGCUACAGUGAUGUGGAAGUGACCAAUAAUGAAAGCGAAUGUGCCAUAAUCACAGAUGUUGAUGGUGCUGUCGCUAAGGAAGCUACAGGCGUAUCAAAUGUGAAUGGUUUCACUACGGUACGAGAUAAACGUUGUGAAAAACGUAGACACCAAAGUUAUGCAGACGCGGUUGAAUUUAGAACUAAUGGUUGCUACGAGUCCAAUUUGUUACCAAAACCAACUCCUAGUGAAAAUCGUGAAAGUGUUAAGAACCCCAGUCAUCUACGUAAUCGCUAUGCUGUUAAAGGUUUUCAUUGGCAGACGCAAGACCGAUCAUGGUAUACCAAUUGUACAUGGCGUAUGAGCGCUUUUAUAAGCAGACUAGGUCCUGACACUACUGUUGAUAUGCAGAAAAGCUAUAUUAAGAAUUCUAUGAAUAUUACCGAUAUCUGUUGUGUACGCCUCGAUACAAGGUAUAAUACGUACUCGCCAUUUUGUGUGUCAACAACUGAAACAUACUUUCUAUCACUCAUGAAUCCUGACUCUUGGCCAGAAGAAGUACAUGUACGAAAAUUUUUCAACGUCGUAAUUAAUAUAAUACAAUGUCCACGAUUAAUAUUGCCUCCUAUAAUUGUAGAUCAAUUAAAUCUACUGCGCCUACUGUUAAUAGAUUAUGUGAAAGUCAUAACAUUUGUCUCUUACAAGAACACUGGCUAUUACAUGAAGAUUUGGCUUAUUUAUCAUCAAUUCAUACAAAUUUCCAUGCUUAUGGUGUGUUGGCAGUAG